UUGGAUGAAAUGCCGCCCACUGCAACAAUUCAGUAUUUUUCCUCAUAUGACUAUAAUUUCAGCGAUGACCCAGGGAUAUGUGAAAAAGAUGACGUGAACAAUUUCGGAUCCUGGUUCCUUCCCACAUGUUAUUCAAUAGUGUUCCUGCUUGGCUUGGCAGGGAACAUCCUUGUCAUCUUAGUGCUGCUGAAAUACAAGAGGCUGAAAAGCAUGACAGAUAUCUACCUGCUCAAUCUUGCCAUCUCAGACUUGUUCUUUGUUUUUGCUCUUCCUUUCUGGUCUUAUUUUGUGGCCGACGAGUGGGUGUUUGGAAACGGGCUAUGUAAAUUCUUCUCGUGGGUCUAUUUGACUGGUUUUUACAGCGGGAUAUUUUUCAUCAUGCUCAUGAGCAUUGAUCGGUAUCUUGCAGUUGUUCACGUGGUGUUUGCCUUGAAAGCCAGAACUGUUAGCUACGGCGUUCUCACCAGCCUUAUUGUGUGGCUGGUGGCCAUGGCAGCUUCCAUCCCAGGGCUGGUAUUCAGUGAAUCUGUUCCUGAAAACAAUCGUAUCAUAUGCAGGCCAAAUUACCCCAAGAGUGACAUGACAUGGAAGCUUUUUACUCCUUUGGAAUUCAACAUUUUGGGCCUUCUGGUUCCAUUCGCUGUCAUGUUCUACUGCUACACAAGGAUACUCAAGGCCUUGUGGCACUGCAGGAACGAAAACAAGAAGAAGGCAGUGAAGAUGAUCUUUGUUGUUAUGAUUGUAUUUUUACUGUUCUGGACUCCUUAUAACAUUGUGCUUUUCCUCCAGUGUUUGCAUGAUACAGGUGUUAUUGAAGGAUGCCAAAUCAGCAAAAUCCUAGACUAUGCCUUUCAAGCAUCUCAGACUCUAUCAUUUUUUCACUGCUGUCUCAAUCCAGUGAUCUACUUCUUUAUGGGGCAAAAGUUCAAGAAAUACAUCCGGCUGCUCUUUAAGAAUAAUGCCUUUUACAGAACACUUUGCAAACCUUGUGGGCAUGCUGACACUUUCCUCUCUGAGUUGACAGCCUCAUCCCGUACUCAAUCCACCAGCGAUGAAGAGCCACUCUGA